CGUGAAAAAAUGGACAACCCACGCCCACUACUAUUGCUGCUGCUGCUGCUGCUGCUGAGCUCCUUCUUUAUUCCUGUGGCACUAUCGUUCACAGUGAUAAUGUCCGAUACGGGUGGCUCCUCGAACCUCAUCGAUGCACCGCAGACAGGCUUCUCCAUGAACAGUAAUGGAGCUCGGACCGAUCCCCAGGAACAACAAGCAGUUUACGAUAUCAUGAAGGCCACCGGCAAUGCUUGGGCUACCGAAAUCCCAGAUGUGUGUCGAGGUCGAUGGCAUGGGAUUGAGUGCAUGCCCGACAAAGACCAAAUCUUCCAUGUGGUCUCCCUCUCCUUCGGCGCCCUCUCAGACGACACCGCUUUCCCUACCUGUGAUCCCAACCGCUCCUUCAUUUCCCCUUCUAUAACUAAGCUCCCACACAUCAGGACACUCUUCUUCUACCGUUGUUUCAGUUUUAAUCCUCAACCCAUCCCUACCUUUCUCGCUCAGCUUCGCCCUACUCUUCACACUCUGGUUCUGCGUGAAAAUGGUCAUGUCGGUCCCAUCCCAAUUGAGUUAGGUAAUCUCACCCAUUUGAGAAUCCUCGACCUGCACAAGAACAACCUCAAUGGUUCAAUACCUGCUUCGCUUGGCCGCCUCACAGCUUUGAGGUCCUUUGACUUGAGCGGAAACAAAUUGGUGGGUUUGAUUCCGCCAGGUCUAAGCUUCCCUGUCUUGAAUGUUUUGGACCUCAGCCAGAACCUUCUCAGGGGAUCCAUCCCUUCUACUCUCGGAGACUGUUCCUCCCUCGUAAAGAUGGAUUUGAGCCGAAAUCGACUGUCCGGUCAGAUACCCAACUCCAUUAACGGCCUCAAGAGUUUGAUCCUUAUGGACCUCAGCUACAACCGGCUGUUGGGUCCAUUACCCCUCUCUAAUUUCCGUGGUUUAAAUUCUCUCCAAGCUUUGAUUCUCAAGGGGAACCCAACGGUUUCUUCUCCAAUUCCCAGUGACGGAUUUGAUGGGUUUAAGGAUCUGAUGAUCUUGAUUCUCUCCGAGAUGGGUUUGCAGGGACCCAUCCCUGAGUCACUUGGCCGGUUGCCAAAGUUACGUGUUGUUCAUCUGGACAGGAACCACCUCAAUGGUUCCAUACCUUCCAACUUUCAAGGCUUGAAUAGUCUGAGUGAGUUGAGGCUAAACGAUAACCAAUUGACAGGAUCUCUGCCAUUCAAAAGAGAAACCAUUUGGAGGAUGGGAAGGAAGUUGAGGCUUCAUAACAAUUUAGACCUCUGCUACGAUGCACAUAGUGGUCUUGAAGAUGGUUCUGGUUCAUCAUUUCUCUUAGACAUCAGUCCCUGUAAGAAAUCAAAAUCAACACCACCAAGAACAUAGCAUAAAAGAACCAAUUCGAGACCCACAAUGCGGCAAUUAUCCUAAUUCCUCGUUUUUUUCCUUCUGUACAGAGGUCCUCCUAACU